UCUUUCUUCACUCUUCCCUUUCAUGUCCUAUUAUCCUCCAAUGGCUAAUUCGCAGCAAAUCGAAACCUCCAUAAACCCUAACCCUAAUCCUCCUCCUCCGGGAUCCCCACCGUCGGCUGCCGCCGUUAUUUCUCGACCGUCAGAUGAAGAAACGAAUCGUUCCGCCACAGCUAAACGUCCACGUGAGGAAUACGCCGCCGGCACUACGGACGAGGCUGGUUUGUUGGGGGACGAUGUGCCGCCGUUGAAGAAGCGGGUUAAGGUUUCUCAAGAUGUAGUGUACCGUAUUGUUGUUCCGUCAAGACAGAUCGGGAAAGUUAUUGGUAAAGCAGGGCAUCGUAUACAGAAGAUUCGUGAAGAAACUAAAGCUACUAUCAAAGUUGCUGAUGCUAUUGCUCGUCAUGAAGAGCGAGUAAUUAUCAUUAGCUCCAAAGACAAUGAUGAUAUGUUUAGUGAUGCGGAAAAUGCCCUUCAUCAAAUUGUGUCACUUAUUUUAAAGGAUGAUGGUGGCAACCUUGACGCACAGAAAGUUGGUGCUGGACAUGUGGCAGCAAACACAGUAAGGUUCUUGAUUGCUGGUUCUCAAGCAGGUGGUUUGAUAGGAAUGUCAGGUCAAAAUAUUGAAACUUUGAGGAAUUCUUCUGGAGCUACGAUCACAGUUCUUGCUCAACAUCAGUUGCCUCUAUGUGCAUCUGCUCAUGAGUCUGAUCGUGUAGUACAGCUUGCAGGAGACAUCCCUGCGGUCUUGAGAGCUGUGGUAGAAAUUGGCUGUCAAUUGAGGGAUAACCCCCCUAAACAAGUAAUUUCGAUCAGCCCGACAUACAAUCUUGGUUAUUCUCGCACACCUCAACCACAUGUGGAUCCAUCUUCAGCUGAAUAUGUUAAUCUGACUAUGUUAGUUCCCGAAUCAUUAGCUGGUGGGUUGAUUGGAAGGUGCGGCUCCAAUAUUUCACGGAUCCGUGCAGAGUCUGGAGCAACGAUUAAGGUACACGGCGGGAAAGGUGAGCAGAAACAAAGACAAGUCCAUCUUGGUGGUAGUGCACAACAGGUCGCCCUUGCAAAGCAAAGAGUUGAUGAAUAUGUCUAUUCCCAGUUGAUGUUACAAGCUGGUGGUGAGCAGCUACAGGAUACAAUGCAGCUCCAGCAGCAGUCUAUGCAGCUGCAACAGUCUAUGCAGUUGCAACAACAAAUACCCAACACAUCUGCUACGCUGAUGCCAGGAUAUAAUCAUGGUCAUGGAGUUUAUAUGAACAGUAACCAAGAAGCUCAUAUGAUGACAUCAUACCCACAAGUCUACACAUCAACCAACCCUCAAGCUCCUGCUUACUAUGGUCAGUCUUAUCCAGCUCCACAAAUGUAGAAGCAAAAGGGGGUCUUUCUCGUACAGCUUUUCAAUCAGAUGAUUGAUAUACACAAUGUAGACAAUUUCUUGUUGUGUCAUUAUUUGGGUUUCUGAUAUAAGCAUUGGAGAUGGUCGUUUCGGCCAGGAUGUCUCUUGUUGAUGUUGCAA